CAGUCCGUGCCAGUUGGCAAGAAAAAAACCAGUUCUCGCAUUUGGCUGCGCUUCCCCGAAGACCAAAGCCAAAAUGGAAAAAUUUUAUUUGUUUUAAUUAUUUAUAUUUUAUUUUUAAAACACGAGAUCAAGGUGGAUAAAAGGAGAGGGGAAGUACGCUGCGAGGGAGAGGGGAGAUCCGUUUCGAAGUUCUCCACGCGCGCCGCCGAGCGUAUAUAGAAAGAGAGGAAAAGGGUUUCAGGUAGAGAGAGAAAAUAUUCUUGCCUUUGUUGACUUCUAAGGUAUGCCUUUCCAGUUAAUUGUGAUGCCAUCAACUAGAGUCUCCAUUAUCAAACUUUCGAAGUGGGCAUGCUUUUUUCAUCGAGUUCUAGAGCAUUCUGGAUAUUGUUGCAGCAACCUGAUGGAUAAAGUGACUGGAGCUGUUCCGAUGUUGAUUGGGUUUGCUCGAUUCUGGUUUUGAGAUUUGAGAACUGACUGGGAUUAGGUGAUCUUUUUGUUAACCUCCAACAAAAACCAGUCCAAUCCAUGUGCACUCAUAAAAGUCAUAGUGGUGAUCCUUUUUGUCAAGUUUGCAGCAAACAUUGAAAGGCCAAGGGUUUGUGAAAUUCGCAAAUGGCAUUCUUAUUGGAAGUAUAGGAUAUUUUCUGGGACUGUGACCUUAUUUCCUCGAUUCUCCUUUGAAAACUCAGACUGAGCUCUUCUAUUUCUCAUAGUUCCAGUAUUUAUUUCUGGAACCUUUCAUUAAAUCAUGACUUCUUCCGUGCGAAAUAUAUCUGAUAAUAGUGGACCUAGUGAGCAACAAAAGCCAGCACAACCUGAGAUCCAGCAUCAAGCUUCUCCAACUGGAAACGUUCAACCUGGCAUGGCAACACCUGUUGGGUACAUGAUGCCUCCGGGUCACCUUGAGACAGGACAUGCUGUGGCUCAGAUUGCUUACCCAUAUGUUGAUCCUUACUAUGGUGGUGGUUUUGCUGGUUUUGGACAGACAGUGUUCCAUCCACAAAUGAUGGGGAUGCAACACCCGGGAGUGCCAUUGCCAACUGAGGCUGUUGAGGAACCUGUGUUUGUCAAUGCAAAGCAAUAUCAUGGUAUAUUAAGGCGUCGGCAAUCUCGAGCGAAAGCUGAAUCAGAAAAUAAAUUGAUUAAAACCCGUAAGCCUUAUUUACAUGAGUCCCGUCACUUGCAUGCUUUGAAAAGAGCUAGGGGAUGUGGUGGUAGAUUUCUUAAUUCCAAGUCUGAAGGAAAUCAACAGAAUUCUAUUUCCAAUUCUGAAGGAAAUCAGCAGAACUCUAAUCCCAGUUCUGAAGGAAAUCAGCAGAAUUCUAAUUCCAAGUUUGAAGAAAAUCAAAAGAAUGGGCCGAAAGCUGCAGUCUCUGAUGAUAAAGAAAAGCCUGUUAGCUUAACCAACUCUGAUAAGUCCAGUUUGGACAAUAAGCCAGAGGCAACAUCUUAGUCACCUUUUCAGGCAUAAGAUGGGGUGGAUGAUGGGAGGAACAAUUGGCUCUGUAUAGUAGUGUCUGCGGGAACAGUCUCCAAUGGCGUGUCAGUGAUAGGUGCAUUCUGCCUUGGUAGUUUAAUGUGCAGUUAAUUGAGAAAUACAUCACAAGUUCCCGUAAGACAGAAACUUCUCUAU